AUGGAACAAAAGACAUGCCACUCGCCGAAGCCUCUAUCGCCAAUUUCUCCGUCUUCCUCUUCGCCAACAUCCCCUUCUUCUUCUGCUCUAGGAACGCUUUUAGAAUCAAACCCAAAUAUCUUUGAAGUCCGGACAAAUAAGGCUAAUGUUGAAUCUGGAUUCUCGUACCAUCAGCGUCUGUUUGAGAACCAUGUGCCUCCUGCUGAAUGGAAGCAAUUUAGCGACGAAAUGGUAGAGGCAUUCGCACUUACAACUUCGGAGAAGAUUGCUGCUUGGACUGUUGGAAUAAGUGUUGGCCUUGUGAGCGCUGUGCCUUUACUGGUCUUUGGCGCCGCACCCGGCUAUUAUGCCGGAAAGGCUGUUAAUGCCAUGUCCAUAGAGACAAAAGUUAAGGAUUACCUGCAAGAGGAAGGGGAGCUGGUCUCUGUUCUAAAACGCUGGAACAAUACCUCAUUCAAAAAUAGGGGACUCUAUGUGCGACUGGCACUUCCAAGGAAAAAAACCAAAGAGGGUUCCAAAUUCAGUAGCGGAACUUUUGAUUCUCUCCUAUCUUUUGGUUCAAAACGGAAGGGGAAGGGGAAAGAUGGUUCCCAGGACGGAGAUGACAGCGGAGAGAGGGAUAAGAAAGAGGAGAAGAAACUGCACAACCGAUACAGGUUGAUUAUUGAGGUUGUGGGGGUUGAACCGAAGCAAAAGUCUUGGAUUGAACGUGACAAUAAUAUCCCCCUCCCCAAGGGUAUGAUGGAGCUGGAAGGCAAUGAUGGGCACGUUGCUGUCCCAGCAUAUUCUCCACGGGGGACUCCACCCUAUAUAAGUAGCUCACACCCGGCAGAACUUGAGCCAGCAUCGGUUAACCGGAGAGCAGAGCUUGAUGGUGGACCUAGGAAUGGAGCUUCCGCAGAGCUUGAAGGGGGAGGCAGGGUGGCCGAACUUCCUGGAGCGUCAAGCAAACCGAUCUAUGAACUUGCUUGA